AUUGUGAUAAUGAAUAGGUUAUUUAAAUGAGUUGAGCCAACCCACUAAAGAAGAAAAGUACGUCCUUCGCCUUAGUGCUUACUUCCCUCAGUUUUCUGAAGGUUCAACCUCGCUCUUUCUUUUAUCUUCUCCUCUGUUAUUUUAUAAAUGAAACCAACAUCUUGAGACAUUAUUCCUUGGGUGGAUGAAAAAUGGCUUUCAACUCUCCAUUUGUUAUCGAUUCUCUUUAUUGUUCAGAAGACACAGGAGAAGACCACUUUGUUGAAGAAAGUUGUUUCAAUAAAUCAAACCCAUUUCCAAUCUUGUUAGAGCAGGACUUCUUGUGGGAAGAUGAUGAACUUUCCUCCUUACUUUCAAAGGAAGAGCAAAGUCAAAUGUACAAUUGCCUUCAAACCAAUAGGAAUCUAGCUGUGGCUCGCUUUACUGCUGUGGAUUGGAUGUUGAAAGUCACUGCUCACCAUUCCUUCUCUGCUCUCACUGCUGUUCUUGCUGUCAAUUAUCUCGAUAGAUUCUUGUUUAGCCUCCCUUUCCAAACUGACAAACCAUGGAUGACUCAACUAGGUGCUGUUGCUUGUCUUUCUCUAGCAGCCAAAGUGGAAGAAACCCAAGUGCCUCUCCUACUGGACUUACAAGUGGAGGAGAGCAAAUAUUAUUUUGAGGCCAAAACAAUCCAAAGAAUGGAGAUUUUGGUACUCUCCACACUUCAAUGGAAAAUGAACCCUAUAACCCCAAUUUCAUUUCUUGAUUACAUUGCAAGGAGGCUUGGGUUGAAAGGCCAUGUUUGUUGGGAAUUUCUCAGGAGAUGUGACCAAAUUUUGCUCUCUGUCAUUUCAGAUUCAAGGUUUUUGUGCUACCUUCCUUCAGCAAUGGCCACUGCUAUAAUGCUGCAAGUUAUGGAUAGCGUUGAGCUUGAACCUAAUCUUAGAGUACAAUUCGAAAACCAGCUUUUAGACAACCUGGGAAUUAACAAGGACAAGGUAGAUGAAUCCUGUAAAUUGAUAAUAGAAUUGACAAAAACAAGAGAGGAAGGCAACCAAUCAAAGAAGCGCAGAUUCAAGUGGAUUCCUGAAAGCCCAAAUGGCGUAAUAGAUUUGUUGUUUAUUUCUGAUGAAUCCAACGAUUCAUGGGGAGUUUCAUCACCAGACCCUGUUUCCAAGAAGAUCAAAACUCAGCUCCUUCACUAAAUUUCCCGCUUCACAAUAAUAUUUCUCUUUCUUUUUUCUUUAUUUAAUUAAAAGAUGCAAGUUAAAUUGCUUCCCAUCUCUGCUUAUUUUCUGAAUCUGAAAUGUGUGGUUGGUGAGAAAAUUUGCAAGCAGAGAUGGUUUGCAUUUUAACCGGAACAAUGUUAACAAAGAAAUAUAUGAAUAUAGGUAAUGCAGAGUCCUUUGCGAUAAUGUUUUAAUCUUCAUAAUAAUGCUAAUUUCAGAAGUUAAUAAAA